AUGGAUUUUGCUAAGAAUAUUUUACAAAAAUAUGGCUGGAAAGAAGGUGAUGGGCUUGGCAAGAAAAAGGAUGGAAUUACGGUUCCCAUCAAAGUCAGUAUAAAGAAAAACACUAGCGGAUUCGGAGCAACUCAAUUGAGUGAGGCAACUAACAACUGGUGGGAACGUUGUUACAAUGAGGCGACCGGCAAUAUAGAGAUACAAUCUGGCAAGAAACACAAAAACGGAGAGGUUACCCUUCAUCAGGUGAACAAAGAUGCGGUUGAGAUUACCACCAAAAGUUAUUCCGUAAACAAAUUGAAGCGAAUGAAUCAGAAUGGCUCCAAGUAUGGAAACGUAUUCCUUAAAGCUUCUACGUUGUUAGGAAAUACGGGUCGAGAGGAAGAGGAUCCUGACCACAUCCGUAUGGAGGAUAUCAAGUUUAAUCCCGUAAAAACACUUACGGACGAAGAGUUGUUUGCAGCCUGUGGUGGUCGAACGGCCCACAAAGGUGCUCGUCAUGGAUUGGGCAUGAAUGGUAAGCUGGCACGCAUCGACGAACAGAACAAUAAGCUUUUGCAGCAGUUGGAGAGCAAAUCAUUCGAAACUGUGAUAAAAUCUAACGACUGGCAGGUACAGCUAACUAAAAAUGGGCGUAAAAAGUCGAAAAAACAGAAGCGAAACGUACAACGAUGGAUUGAGCACAGUUCAGCGGAUGUUGAUGAGCAAGUGAAAGAUAUGGUCCAUCAUGCAGAUUACGUGGUGGCGAAAAACAAAAAGAAAAGAAAAGCCCAACAAAAAACCGACCAAGAACUGGCAAAUGAAAUGGUGAGCAUGUUUGCGGGAUUACCGGAAGAAACCGGCGUAGAAGAGAAUAAGACGGAUGUACAGAAAACUAAAGCGAAACGCAAAUCAAAAAAGGCUCUAUGUUUGAAUGAUGAAUUAGAUCUUCUGAGUGAAAAAAUUCGUAAACUGGACCACAGUUCGGUGACGAUUAAAAAAAAGGACAAAAAGAAAGUGAGCAAACUUAAACAGGCGAUGAGCAAUGUUGGAGAUGAUGAUACUGCUAUGCUUGAUCCGGCAGCCAAGUAUCGCAAGGACUAUCGUACCGACUUGAAACAAAAUAAUCGACUGCUAAAAAUGCAGGUGCGUCACGAAGUUGCGGAGGAAAAGCCCGUCAAAAAGCCGGUCACUCUGCUGCGAUCUGAUUCCAGUGACCAGGAGGAAGAGGACGUAGUGCAGCGCGUAAACGACGAACAGAACCAGUACAGGUCGAAAAUGCGUGCCACAGUGCCAAAGAUAAACAUUAUCGAACCAACGGAAGAUGAUUGUUUUGCUAUGGGGCAGAGCUUAAAAGAGCACCAUAAGAACGAUGUGAAGCGUGUGGGUAAUCGAUCCUCGAGCGGGAAACGCAAGAAAACUAAGAAAAGGGAACGUCAAUUGGCACAGCUAGCGGACAAACUGUCCAAAAAUUUGUAA